AUCCUUCAAAAAUAAAUCAUUGUUCUUAUAUAUAUAUAUAUAUUGUUGUUGUUUUAAAGGUGAAAUAAUUGAAGGACAACUAACAGAUGACCCCUGCAACAAUUACAAAAUGCUGGAUGACCUUCGAAGAGCCACCAACAAUCAAUAUUCCUCCGAAAUAAUGUGCGACUGUGAAGUCAGCUGGAACGGCUGGUAUCGUCUCUUCUUUCAGGGUCAGAGCGUUCAGAUGCCGGACACAUGUGUUGAUGAGUAUAGCUGUGGCACUCAUUCUCCACUGUGGCUGAAAGGAGGACAUCCAACAGUUGAGGAUGGAGUGGUCACUCGAGAUGUUUGCGGUCACUAUGACAAUGACUGCUGUGCUUUUCAGUCCAAUCCCAUUAAAGUCAAAGCCUGUACAGAUUAUUAUGUUUAUGAGAUUGUGAAACCAUCUUUCUGCUUUUUGGCAUACUGUGCAGAUGUAAGGAACAUCAACACCACCUAUACCUUCUCAACCCCAGCCAUUACGACUGCGCCCCCUGUUGACCCCUGCAACAACUACAAAGUGCUGAAUGAUCCAUGGAGAGCCACCAACAAUCAAUUUUCCUCUGAAAUAAUGUGUGACUGUGAGGUCAGCUGGGAUGGCUGGUACCGUCUCUUCAUUCAGGGUCAGAGCGUUCAGAUGCCAGACACAUGUGUUGAUCAGCAUAGUUGUGGCACUCACGCCCCACUGUGGCUGAAAGGAGGACAUCCAACAGUUGAGGAUGGAGUGGUCACUCGAGAUGUCUGUGGUCACUGGGACAAUAACUGCUGUUAUUUCCAAUCAAAUCCUAUUAAAGUCAAAGUCUGCCCUGGCAAUUAUUAUGUUUAUGAGUUUGUGAAACCAGAUUUCUGCUCAUUGGCGUAUUGUGCAGAUGUUAGGAACACAAACACUACCUAUACUACUGUCACUCCCGAGACAAUGUUAACCACAGAAACUACAACCAUGGACAUUACAACUGAUAUUGGGCACAAUACCACUCUCUAUUCUACCAUCAUGAUGGAGACAAGUUCAACCAUAAAAACUACAUUUAUAGAUACUACAACAAUGGACACUGACGAAGUGGAUACAACAAUGACAAUGGAAACCACAAAAACAGAAAGUAUAAACACAGGAACCACAUCUCCAGAAAGUACCACAAUUGAGACCACAACAGCAAGCACCAAAGCAACGGGAGGUAUGAUCACUGACACAACAACUCCAGAAGGUGCCACAACUGAGACCACAACUGCAGAAAGCACCACAACUGAGAACACAACACUGGGCACCACAAUGACAGAAAGUAUCAUAAGUGAGACGACAACUGUGGGUACCACAACAACAGAAAGUACAAUCACAGGAACAACAACUCCAGAAAAUACCACAAGUGAGACCACAACAGCAGAAAGCACCACAAAUGUGGGUACUACAACAACAGAAAGUACCACAACUGUGGGUACUACAACAGCAGAAAGCACCACACCUGAGACCACAACUGUUGAUACUACAACAACAGAAAGAAUCACAGCAACAGAAAGUACCACUAGUGAGACCACAACAGCAGAGAGCACCACAAAUGUGAGUACUACAACAACAGAAAGUACCACAACUGUGGGUACUACAACAGCAGAAAGCACCACACCUGAGACCACAAAUUUGGAUACUACAACAACAGAAAGUACAACCACAGGCACAACUCCAGAAAGUACGACAACUGAGACCACAUCAGUAGCCAAAACAAUUCCAGAAAUUACAACAGCUGAGACCACAACCGCAGAAAGCACUACAACUGUGGAAACCACAACGGAAAGCACCACAACAACAGAAAGUACCACAAGCGAGACCACAACAGCAGAAAGCCCCAAAACUGUGGGUACUACAACAACAGAAAUUACCACAAGUGAGAAAACAACAGCAGAAAGCACUACAACAGAGACCACAACACCAGGCACUACAACAACUGAAAGUACAACCUCAGCCACAACAACUCCAGAAAGUACCACAACCGAGACCACAACAGCAGAAAGCACAACUGAGUCCACAAGUGGGAGUUCAACAACAACAGAAAGCACCACAUCUGUGGGAACCACAACACCAGAAAGUACCACAACCGAGACCAAAACUGCAGAAAGCACCACAACAGAAAGCACCACAACUCCAGAAAGUACCACAAGAAAAAUCACAAUAACAGAAAGCACCACAACUGAGACCACAACUCCAGAAAGUAUCACAACUCUAGAAAGUACCACAACCAAGUCCACAACAGCAGAAAUCACAACUGCGACCACAACUGUGGGUUCUUCAACAACAGAAAGCACCACAGCAACAGAAAGUACCACAACCGAGACCACAACAGCAGAAAGCACUACAACUGAGACCUUAAAAGCGGAAAGCACAACUGAGACCACAAGUGUGGGUUCAACAACAACAGAAAGCACCACAUCUGAGGGAACCACAACACCAGAAAGUACCACAACUGCUGAAAGCACCACAUCUGUGGGAACCACAACAACAGAAAGUACCACAACCGAGACCACAAACGCAGAAAGCACAACAACAGAAAGCACCACAACUGAGACCACAACUCCAGAAAGUACCACAACCGAAUCCACAACAGCAGAAGGCAGAACUGUGGGUUCUUCAACAACAGAAAUCACAACAGCAACAGAAAGUACCACAAGCGAGACUACAACAGCAGAAAGCACUACAACCACUGCCACAACAACUCCAGAAAGUACAACAGCUGAGAACACAGAAAGCACCACACCUGUGGGAACCACAACACCAGAAAGUACCACAACCGAGACCACAAAUGCAGAAAGCACCACAUCUGUGGGAACCACAACAACAGAGAGUACCACAACCGAGGCCACAACAGCAGAAAGCACCACAUCUGUGGGAACCACAACACCAGAAAGUACCACAACCGAGGCCACAACAGCAGAAAGUACCACAACUGCAGAAAGUACCACAACCGAGACCACAACUGCAGAAAGCACCACAUCUGUGGGAACCACAACAACAGAGAGUACCACAACCGAGGCCACAACAGCAGAAAGUACCACAACUCUAGAAAGUACCACAACCGAGACCCCAACAGCAGAAAGCAUAACUGAGACCACAAGUGUGGGUUCUACAACAACAGAAAGCACCACAGCAACAGAAGGUACUACAACUGAUACGACAACACCAGGCACUACAACAACUGAAAGUACAACAACAGCCACAACAACUCCAGAAAGUACAACAGCCGAGACCACAGAAAGCACCACAUCUGUGGGAACCACAACACCAGAAAGUACCACAACCGGGACCACAACUGCAGAAAGCACCACAGCUGAGACCACAACUCCAGAAAGUACCACAACUCUAGAAAGUACCACAACUGAGUUCACAACAGCAGAAAGCACAACUGCGACCACAACUGUGGGUUCUUCAACAACAGAAAGCACCACAGCAACAGAAAAUACCACAAGCGAGACCACAACAGCAGAAAGCACUACAACUGAGACCUCAACACCAGGCACUACAACCACUGAAAGUACAACCACAGCCACAACAACUGCAGAAAGUACCACAACCGAGACCACAACAGCAGAAAGCACAACUGAGACCACAAGUGUGGGUUCAACAACAACAGAAAGCACCACAGCAACCACAACAGCAGAAAGUACAACUGAGACCACAACACCAGGCACUACAACAACUGAAAGUACAACCACAGACACAACAACUUCAGAAAGUACAACAGCCGAAACCACAACCACAGAAAGCACCACAUCUGAGGGAACCACAACACCAGAAAGUACCACAACUGCUGAAAGCACCACAUCUACGGGAACCACAACAACAGAAAGUACCACAACAGAGACUACAACAGCAGAAAGCACCACAACAGAAAGCCCCACAACUCCAGAAAGUACCACAAGCAAAAUCACAACAACAGAAAGCACCACAACUGAGACCUCAACUCCAGAAAGUACCACAACCCAAUUCACAACAGCAGAAAGCACAACUGUGGGUUCUUCAACAACAGAAAGCACCACAGCAACAGAAAGUACCACAAGCGAGACCACAACAGCAGAAAGCACUACAACAGAGACCACAACACCAGGCACUACAACAACUGAAAGUACAACCACAGCCAAAACUCCAGAAAGUUCCACAACUGAGACCACAACAGCAGAAAGCGCAACUGCGACCACAACUGUGGGUUCUUCAACAACAGAAAGCACAACAGCAACAGAAAGUACAACAAGCGAGCCUACAACAGCAGAAAGCACUACAACCACUGCCACAACAACUCCAGAAAGUACAACAGCCAAGACUACAGAAAGCACCACAUCUGUGGGAACCACAACACCAGAAAGUACCACAACCGAGACCACAACUGCAGAAAGCACCACAUCUGUGGGAACCACAACAACAGAGAGUACCACAACCGAGGCCACAACAGCAGAAAGUACCACAACUGCAGAAAGUACCACAACCGAGACCACAACUGCAGAAAGCACCACAUCUGUGGGAACCACAACAACAGAGAGUACCACAACUGCAGAAAGUACCACAACUGAGACCCCAACAGCAGAAAUCAUAACUGAGACCACAAGUGUGGGUUCUACAACAACAGAAAGCACUACAGCAACAGAAAGUACUACAACUGAUACGACAACACCAGGCACUACAACAACUGAAAGUACAACCACAGCCACAACAACUCCAGAAAGUACAACAGCUGAGACCACAACUGCAGAAAGCACCACAUCUGUUGGAACGACAACAGCAGAAAGUACCACAACCGAGACAACAACUGCAGAAAGCACCACAUCUUUGGGAACCACAACAACAGAGAGUACCACAACAGCAGAGAGCACCACAACAGAAAGCUCCACAACUCCAGACAGUACCACAAGCAAAAUCACAACAACAGAAAGCACCACAACUGAGACCUCAACUCCAGAAAGUACCACAACCCAAUUCACAACAGCAGAAAGCACAACUGUGGGUUCUUCAACAACAGAAAGCACCACAACUGCUGAAAGCACCACAUCUACGGGAACCACAACAACAGAAAGUACCACAACAGAGACUACAACAGCAGAAAGCACCACAACAGAAAGCCCCACAACUCCAGAAAGUACCACAAGUAAAAUCACAACAACAGAAAGCACCACAACUGAGACCACAACUUCAGAAAGUACCACAACUCCAGAAAGUACCACAACCGAAUCCACAACAGCAGAAAGCACAACUGUGGGUUCUUCAACAACAGAAAGCACCACAGCAACAGAAAGUACCACAAGUGAGACCACAACACCACAAAGCACUACAACAGAGACCACAACACCAGGCACUACAACAACUGAAAGUACAACCACAGCCACAACAACUCCAGAAAGUACCACAACUGAGACCACAACUGUGGGUUCUUCAACAACAGAAAGCACAACAGCAACAGAAAGUACCACAAGCGAGCCUACAACAGCAGAAAGCACUACAACUGAGACCACAACACCAGGCACUACAACAACUGAUAGUACAAUCACUGCCACAACAACUCCAGAAAGUACAACAGCCGAGACCACAACUGCAGAAAGCACCACAUCUGUGGGAACCACAACAAAAGAGAGUACUACAACUGAGACCACAACAACAGAAAGUGCCACAACUGCAGAAAGUACCACAACCGAGACCACAACAGCAGAAAGCACCACAACUGAGACCUCAACACCAGGCACUACAACCACUGAAAGUACAACCACAGCCACAACAAUUGCAGAAAGUACCACAACCGAGUUCACAACAGCAGAAAGCAUAACUGAGACCACAAGUGUGGGUUCUACAACAACAGAAAGCACCACAGCAACCACAACAGCAGAAAGUACAACUGAGACCACAACACCAGGCACUACAACAACUGAAAGUACAACCACAGCCACAACAACUUCAGAAAGUACAACAGCCGAAACCACAACCACAGAAAGCACCACAUCUGAGGGAACCACAACACCAGAAAGUACCACAACUGCUGAAAGCACCACAUCUACGGGAACCACAACAACAGAAAGUACCACAACAGAGACUACAACAGCAGAAAGCACCACAACAGAAAGCCCCACAACUCCAGAAAGUACCACAAGCAAAAUCACAACAACAGAAAGCACCACAACUGAGACCACAACUUCAGAAAGUACCACAACUCCAGAAAGUACCACAACCGAAUCCACAACAGCAGAAAGCACAACUGUGGGUUCUUCAACAACAGAAAGCACCACAGCAACAGAAAGUACCACAAGCGAGCCUACAACAGCAGAAAGCACUACAACUGAGACCACAACACCAGGCACUACAACAACUGAUAAUACAAUCACUGCCACAACAACUCCAGAAAGUACAACAGCCGAGACCACAACUGCAGAAAGCACCCCAUCUGUGGGAACCACAACAACAGAGAGUACAACAACCGAGACCACAACAACAGAAAGUGCCACAACUGCAGAAAGUACCACAACCGAGACCACAACAGCAGAAAGCACAACUGAGACCACAAGUGUGGUUCCUACAACAACAGAAAGCACCACAGCAUCCACAACAGCAGAAAGUACAACUGAGACCACAACUAUGGGUGCAACAACAACAGAAAGCACCACAGAAAAAGAAAGUACUACAAGUGAGACCACAACUGCAGAAAGUACUACAACUGAGACCACAACAGCAGAAAGCACUACAACUGAGACCACAACACCAGGCACUGUAACAACGGAAAGUACAACCUCAGUCACAAUAACUCCAGAAAGUUCCACAACUGAGACCACAACUGUGGAUACUACAACAACAGAAAGCACCACAGCAACAGAAAGUACUACAACUGAUGUGACAACACCAGGCACUACAAUAACUGAAAGUACAACCACAGCCACAACAACUCCAGAAAGUACAAUAGCCAAGACCACAACAGCAGAAAGCACCACAUCUGUGGGAACCACAACACCAGAAAGUACCACAACCGAGACCACAACCACAGAAAGCACCACAUCUGUGGGAACCACAACAACAGAGAGUACCACAACCGAGACCACAACAGCAGAAAGCACCACUACAGAAAGCACCACAACACCUGAAAUUAUGACAAGCAAAAUCACAACAACAGAAAGCAGCACAACUGAGACCACAACUCCAGAAAGCACCACAUCUCCAGAAAGUACUACAACUGAGACUACAACAGCAGAAAGUACCACAACUCCAGAAAUUACCACAACCGAGUCCACAACAGCAGAAAGCACAACUGCUACCACAACUGUGGGUUCUUCAACAACAGAAAGCACCACAGCAACAGAAAGUACCACAACUCCAGACAUUACCACAACCGCGGCCACAACAGUAGAAAGUACAACUGAGACCACAACACCAGGCACUACAACAGCUGAAAGUACAACCACAGCCACAACAAGUCCAGAAAGUACAACAGCCGAAACCACAUCCACAGAAAGCACCACAUCUGUGGGAACCACAACACCUGAAAGUACCACAGCUGCUGAAAUCACCACAUCUGUGGGAACCACAACAACAGAAAGUACCACAACCGAGACCACAACCGCAGAAAGCACCACGUCUGUGGGAAUGACAACAACAGAGAGUACCACAACCGAGACCACAACAGCAGAGAGCACCACAACAGAAAGCACCACAACUCCAGAAAGUACCACAAGCAAAAUCACAACAAUAGAAAGCACCACAACUGAGACCACAACUCCAGAAAGUACCACAACUGAGUCCACAACAGCAGAAAGCACAACUGCGACCACAACUGUGGGUUCUUCAACAACAGAAAGCACCACAGCAACGGAAAGUACCACAACCGAGACCUCACUAGCAGAAAGCACAACUGAGACCACAACUGUGGGUUCUACAACAACAAAAAGUACCGCAGCAACAGAAAGUACCACAAGCGAGCCUACAACAGCAGAAAGCACUACAACAGACAGCACAACAGCAGAAAGUACCACAACUGAUACCACAACACCGGUCACCACAACAACAGAAAGCACCACGAUGACCGAAAAGACAACAGAAACACCCUUCACAGGUUAAUAUCAGCACUUCCACAUCCAUGGGUCUGAAGGGAGCUCAG